CGCGGCUUUGGCGGAGCGCGGCGCGCAGCUCCGGACGCACCUGAACGGUCAGCGCGCUGUGACCAUCAGGGAGCUGGAAACAAGUCUUUCACGUGCUGUCUGAGCGCGACACACACACACACACAGACACACAUACACACACGCACACGCACACGCACAUGUCGCGCUCUGCAACGUCUGCCACGUCGUCUCUGAUGGAGAGCGGAACAGGCUGACGGAGUCUUGGUGGAUGUGGAGUAACGGGUUCGGCGUCUCCUAAGGACCAAAUCCUUCUUAUGGAGCCGUGCGCUUUACAUUUUUUGAACGUUUAAACGACGACUUUAAGAAAAAAGAACUCCGCAAAUUGAGCCCAACGUUAACUUGACUACCAUGUCCCGGACCAUCUGCGUGGAAAACUUAAAGGCAUGCCGCACAUCGAGAAUUGCGAACGCGCGAGCCAGCUGAAACAGGUGGACACGAGUCCAACAACACACUGGAGACGUUCUGUGUUGCUGAAUGGGUGACAAGCAUACCCUGAAGCAGACCCUGAAGCCCACCUCCCAUCGCAUUGUGCAGGACAGGGUCCCUCCAGCUCAGGGGCAGUGAUGUACCAGGAGGUGGCCUUCCUGGCUAAUAGCACUGAGCACCAGUUCACCCCCUUCCACUUCAAACGUGUGGACAACCCACAGGAGGUCCAGUCCAAGAAGGGUCUGUUCUACAAGCGAGCGCAGCUCCUGCUCCAGCCUCAGCCCUGCCAGCAAGAUGGAGACGAGAUCGGCCUGGCUGACGGCGCGGCCAUUAUCAACGUGGGGGGGAUCAAGUACCGCAUCCCCUGGUCCACGCUGGAGGAGUUCCCCCUGACGCGGCUGGGUAAGCUGCGCGGCUGCAGCAGCGAGGCCGAGAUCAUGGACCUGUGCGACGACUACGACGGCAGCCGCAACGAGUACUUCUUCGACCGGAGCCCGUUGGCUUUCCGCACAAUUGUGUCUUUCUUGGCGGCGGGAAAGCUGCGGCUGCUGCGGGAGAUGUGUGCCCUGUCCUUCCAGGAGGAGCUGCUAUACUGGGGGGUGGAGGAGAACAACUUGGACUGGUGCUGCCUCAGAAAGCUGCGACUCAGGCAGGAGGAGUACAAGGAGCAGCAGAGGCUGGAGGAGGAGGAGGCCGAGCUCACCUCGCCGCAGUCCUGCGACGAGAGCCAGCAGCCGCCCGCAGCGGGGGAACAGGAAGAGAGCGGUACCGAGGGCUGCAUGCGAAGACUGAGGGACAUGGUGGAGAACCCCCACUCGGGCCUGCCGGGGAAGAUCUUCGCCUGUCUGUCAGUGUUGUUUGUAGCCAUCACCGCUGUGACGCUGUGUGUCAGCACCAUGCCAGACCUCAGAGAGGAGGAGGAGAGGGGUGAGUGCUCCCAGAGGUGCUACAACAUCUUUGUGCUGGAGACGGUGUGCGUUGCCUGGUUCUCCCUGGAGUUCCUGCUGCGCUUCAUUCAGACGCAGAGCAAGUGCACGUUCCUGCGUACGCCUCUAAACGUCAUUGACGUGGUGGCCAUCCUUCCCUAUUAUAUAACCCUGAUUGUGGACUCUCUCUCAGUGGAAAGGAAAGUUACGGGCUCAGGGAACAACUACCUGGAGAAGGUGGGGUUAGUCCUCCGAGUCCUGCGAGCUCUACGGAUCUUUUACGUGAUGAGGUUGGCACGCCAUUCCUUAGGCUUGCAGACGCUCGGUCUGACAGUGCGGAGGUGUACGCGUGAGUUUGGCCUGUUGCUGCUGUUUCUUUGCGUGGCCAUGGCUCUUUUCUCGCCACUUGUGUUCCUAGCUGAGAGCGAGCUGGGCGCCAAGCAGGAGUUCACUAGCAUCCCUGGUAGCUACUGGUGGGCCGUCAUCUCCAUGACCACGGUCGGCUACGGAGACAUGGUGCCCAGGAGCAUCCCCGGCCAGGUGGUGGCGCUCAGCAGCAUCCUGAGCGGCAUCCUGCUCAUGGCCUUCCCCGUCACGUCCAUCUUUCACACCUUCUCUCGCUCCUAUAUCGAGCUAAAGGCAGAGCAGACCCGUGCGCUGAGGCAGAAGCCGGACUCACAAGACAGCACUAAGUCCCAGAACAGCGAAGACUCUCAGGAGACGGACAGCUACCAUGGCAUCACCGAGGCUGCCGCCUCCACCAUGCAGCGGAGGAAGUCCAUGGCUGUUCACAGGGCUGCUGAGAUUAGAGGGUCCGUGGACACUUAGCCGCUCUGCAUGUCUGUCUGUUUGUGUUCAAGUGGCAGCCUGGGGGGGCCUCGACACCCAGCGCUGAGACUGCCAAGUUGACAAGCUGCAGGACUGUGAGCAGGGAGGAGAUUUUCUUCUCUGGAGAUUGAGGUCAUGUGCAGCGCUUGUGCACCAGAGUGUAUCUGAGUUUCUUAAGUUUUACAGAAGUUUUUCUUCAUAAAUUUGACUUGGAAAUAUGGGUAACUGUACAAUAUUCCUGAUUACACAACCGAGUCAAAUGAGAUUUAAAAAGGGAAAGAGACACCGACUGCUAUUCUGACUUGAGAUAAGUAUGACCUCAGACUAAAAACUAAUGUUCCUCAUGUAGCUGCAUAUCAGAGGAUUGUCUGAAAUAAAGGUGUUUCUGAGAUUUCAG